CCUUUGCGACGAGGUUCCUCUGUUUGUGCUGAAAAAAAAUACUACCGCAUCCCCGUUUCGCAUCCCCGUCACUCCACUCCUCUUUUUUCCUUUUCCUUAGCUUCAACUUAGUGCUCUCGCGAGAGAACGGGACGCGCUCUUCCACCGGAAGUAACUCGCGGUGGGGCGGCACGUCGCGUAUUUGGAGAGCGUCUCGAAAUUCGCGGUCCACCUCUAAACGUCCUUUCGCGAUCUCGCUACCUCCUUUCACUUCACCACCCCACCGAUCGCCAUCGGAAUGCGCGAGGACUCUCUCGAGUAGAAUAACGCGAGUGAUUCGCGGGAACCACCUGGAUUCGAACUCACAUUUCUUCCGCGGCAAAUAGCGUCGCCUCCUCUACGUAAAGUAACGCGCGGGAAGAAGAAAAUCUCCAUUCUAGAAUUCGGGGCGCGGAAACGCAGGGGUGUCGACGAGGGCGGAGGGAAGAAAGGCAAGAAAAGAGGAACGACGACGCGCUAAUCGGGCAUGGGUCUGACGGAUACCAGUUUCGAAUUACUUCUGACCCUGUGGCGAGUCUUCGUCGUGGGAGUCCUGCCGUGGACCGAGGAGCCGCGCGGUCAGUGUCGCGGUGUCUCGCCAAGCUGCAACAUUCACGGCUACGCCAUCGCUCGUACCGGAAGGAUGUCGUCGACGGUGGUAAAAAAUGCUGCGAAAGGCGUCAAUGCCGGUGACGGCAGGGAGACUUGGUCGGGAAAGCUCGAUUUCUUAUUAUCAGUCAUCGGGUUCGCCGUCGAUCUCGCUAAUGUGUGGCGAUUCCCGUACCUUUGCUACAAGAACGGUGGUGGUGCAUUUCUGGUUCCCUACUGUGUGAUGUUAGUGGUCGGUGGUAUUCCUCUAUUUUACAUGGAGCUCGCUCUCGGUCAAUUCAACAGGAAGGGUGCUAUCACCUGUUGGGGUCGGCUGGUACCGCUUUUCAAAGGUAUCGGAUACGCGGUGGUCCUAAUCGCGUUUUACGUUGAUUUUUACUAUAACGUCAUCAUCGCCUGGUCGCUUCGCUAUUUCUUCGCCUCGUUCGCCACGAUGCUGCCGUGGACCUCCUGUGACAAUGAUUGGAACACACCACUUUGUCGCGAAUUCGACGCGAAUAUCUCGUACGCACUCGCGGAUACGAACAGCGAGAUUAAUGAGAAUUUUGGAAAUACCACUCGGCUGCUGGUCGAUUUAGGAUCGGAUGCUGCUGUUCAGAGUACAAUGGAUAAUUAUACGAGUGCUGCUCAUGAAUACUUCAAUCGCGCUAUUCUGGAGCUACACCAAAGUGAGGGUUUACACGACCUUGGUGCCAUUAAGUGGGACAUCGCGCUAUGCUUGCUCGUGGUCUAUCUGGUCUGCUACUUUUCUCUGUGGAAGGGCAUCUCGACUUCCGGCAAGGUAGUUUGGUUUACCGCUCUUUUCCCUUAUGCAGUUCUGCUAAUUUUGUUAAUAAGAGGUGUCACUUUGCCGGGCAGUAUGGAGGGAAUUCGUUAUUAUCUCAGUCCAAAUUUCAAUGUUAUCACAAAGGCAGAGGUGUGGGUGGACGCGGCGACGCAAGUAUUCUUCUCUCUAGGACCAGGAUUCGGUGUGUUAUUGGCCUACGCGAGCUACAACAAGUAUCACAACAACGUUUACAAAGACGCCCUGCUGACAAGUUUGAUCAACAGUGCAACAUCUUUCGUCGCCGGAUUUGUCAUAUUCUCGGUGCUCGGUUAUAUGGCACGUGCCAGCGGCAAGUCUAUCCAGGAUGUCGCCACGGAAGGACCCGGUCUGGUUUUCAUCGUCUAUCCGGCGGCCAUCGCUACGAUGCCCGGUUCGACAUUCUGGGCCCUCAUUUUCUUCAUGAUGCUGCUCACGCUCGGUUUAGACAGCUCGUUCGGAGGUUCAGAAGCAAUUAUAACGGCACUCAGCGACGAGUUUCCAAUAAUCGGCAAUAAUCGUGAGGUCUUUGUGGCGUGCUUAUUCACUUUAUAUUUUCUGGUUGGGCUCGCUUCUUGCUCACAGGGUGGGUUUUACUUUUUCCAUUUGUUGGAUCGAUAUGCGGCUGGGUAUUCAAUGCUGUUCGCCGUUCUGGCAGAAACAAUCGCGGUCAGUUGGAUCUAUGGAACGGAUCGAUUUUGCGCCGAUAUCAAAGAUAUGAUCGGCUUCAAACCUGGUAUCUACUGGCGAGUAUGCUGGAAAUUUGUAGCACCACUUUUUCUUAUGUUUAUUAUCGUCUAUGGUCUAAUGGGCUACGAACCAUUAUCGUACGAGGACUACACUUAUCCAGUUUGGGCAAAUAUAUUAGGCUGGUUGAUCGCAUGCUCUUCUAUUAUCAUGAUCCCAGGUAUGGCCAUCUACAAAAUUAGCAGCACAUCCGGAUCUUUUGUUCAAAGGUUGAAGAUCCUAACGACACCUUGGCGGGACACGCAGCAUCAGAGGAACGAUCUGUCCUCAGUGGCGAACGGUGCGAUUCGUCGAAGUUUCCUGGCCGAGCAAGACUUCGAAAUUACCAAGGAUCACGAAUUAACUAAGGAACAGACGGAGGUAAUGAUUCAAUCUAGAGAGAGUGUCAAGGGGAACGAUCCGCCCCCCGAGCCAGUCUAGGACAGUGCGGUUGUGAUUUUGCACGGUGCCCGGUUCCAAGUAUACCUCUGCUAGAGCACGAUCGCCGAGCAAGGUCCCACAACGACAAGUAACAAUCCACUGAUUAAACAAAACAAGGAUUAAUCUCUUAUCAAUGGAGCAAUAUACGACACUCGAGCGCAUUUGAAUAUUGAGGGUAUCGGCGUGAUUGACGACGUAGUUUUCUUCCUUGAAUCGCGGUCGAGAAUCCGCGACUCAACGUUCGCGCAUCGGAUUGCACUUUGUUCCUUCUGUUACAAGAAUACAGAUGAUAAAAA